CUCCUCACUGCAGGAGGGCCUUGGCUCUGCCAGAAGAGGGAGACCAGGAAAGCCAGGCAGCAGGCAGGGCAGGGAAAGAGGUUGGCUUCUUAAGCCCCACAGCUGUGUUCUUUCACGUUUAGCUAGAGGCUGUGUCUGGUGUUCCAGAUAAGUGGACCCUAUUCUCAUUUCUUGGGUGCCAAGACCCUGGGCCAGGCUCAGCUGUUUUGGUCAGAUGGGUGGUAAGGAAGGGCACAAGAGAGGUGUGGGUACAAUGCUGGAGAUAGUGGGGAUGAGCCAGGGUUCACUCUUGGUUCCUGCCCAGGGAGGCAAUGAAUGGCCCCACCUGGGCUUUAAAGGUCUCUUGGGCCCCUUCACUUCACAGAACAGCUCCUGUGUGUGUUGGGUGACUCCAGGAUCUUCCUGCUCUGCCUCUUAGGGAUUCUUUCAGGGACAGGGUGAGUUUGACAAGGAAAUGUGGUGCAAGAGUCUGAAGUGAGGGAGAACAGGUGCACUGAAAGAAACCUGGAGGCGACAGCCAUGACUGUUCCAAGCACAUAUCUAGAAAUGGUUUUAGAAGUGGUUUCCCUGAGCAUGGUGUGUGUGCUUGGGGGUGAUGGGUAGGGGACAGACCUUGGGUGUCUCCUGCAAGGGCUCCAUGGCCAGACAGGUGGCAGCAGCCCCAGGGGACACUAGUCUCCUUUGUUCUGGGCCACGUGGAAUUCUGAUUGCUCAGACCAGAUGUCCAGGCUCCCUGGAGCCCUCUGGGGUGGGAUAGUUGGACACCGCCCUUGUAGGCUCACUGUUCUGUCUCUGCCUCUCACUAACCUGAGCCUUCCUGUAGAAUGAAGGUGGUGGAGUAGAGUGUGCAGGCCUUUCUGCUCCCGCUUCUGUGGGUCUGUGGUGCUGAAGGUAUACAGAAGCCUUGACCAAUGGGAGAUACCUGGGAGGAUGUGCACAGCAAUUGGCCCAGGAGUCAGAAGGCUGAAGGCACUACUGGCUCCAUGUUGAGAACACUUGAUUUGAGGGGUGAUGAGAAAGGGGUGAGAGGAAGGUGUGAACCCUAGGCCUGGGGUGAGGUUUUUGGAGGUUUCUAGCAGAGUGUGCACCCACGUCAUGGGGUGGGUUGGCCUCUAUCUGUAGGAGAAAUUGGAGGGCAGGUGCACCCUGCUAUCCUAACCUUGGUGUUCUGCAGAGCGAGCCUGGCAGGCUUCUCCAAGCUGGGGGAGGGGGCAGAUGAGUGUUCAGGGGAAGCAGCUCCCACGCCCCAUCUCCAGUGGGUGCAGCAGCCGUUGGCUGGAAAGAGCGCAUGGAACCUCUGCACCUGCCCUGCCCCAACCCCUCACUCCCUGCCCACAACACCCUAAGCUCCCAGCUGGGAGGGAUGGUCUGCCUUUCUCUCAGUCCAGUAUUGCAAAGCCUGUGAUGGGACUCAAAUGGUUACCUACUCAGCUUCAGUGAAAUAGUGAUGGGGAGAUGCCAUGUAAACUGUAAAGUUCUGUCUGAAUGGGGGCUAUAUGUCCCUGUUUCUGAUUUUGCUUUUCCCUGAGGUGUGGGACCAAGGCAGGAGCUUAUGAGGACAGCUGAGUCGGCAGCUUUGUGGCUGGGUAUCUCAGGCCCAAUCUUCAUCUUCUAUUUGCCUAAGCUUAGGUACUGUGACCUAUGAUGUGAUUGAUGUUCUGAGUGAGGGAUGGAGGGACAAGGUGACAGUGGAUGCUGAUGUCUGUGAUGGAAGGCCUGUCAAGGCAUUGUGUAUGAGGAGCAGAAACACACUGAAUACGUCUUCUGCCAUCUCGUAUUGUCCUCCACGUCUCAGUCUCUCCCAGGCCAGCAGCUGCGGAGCAUGAAUCCCUGAGCUGAAGCUGUUCUAGAGCUGGCAGAAGACCAAGCAUUAUCAUUCACCUCAAGGUGACAGUGGGAUCGAAAGCAGGGGGCCGCCCAGAAACUCAUACCCUACUUGUCGUUAGGCACCACGAACAGAAGGACCCGGCCUCCCCAGGGCUAUGGACUGACAGGUGGUACAUGCUGAGGGGCUCUCUCUCCCCAGAGCUGCAGGGAGUGUGGGGUUCACCAUGCUGGCACCAGGCAGUGGCCCCCAGCAAAGGAGCAAGCUUGCCCUGCAGUGGAGGCAGGUCUCCUGGAUCACCUGCUGGAUCACCCUGUGUGCUGUGGAAGUGCUCCCUGCCUGCCCUUUCUCCUGCACAUGUGACAGCCGCAGCCUAGAGGUGGACUGCAGCGGCCUAGGCCUCACUUCUGUGCCCCCAGAUGUGCCCGCUGCCACCCAAAGCCUUUUGCUGCUUAACAAUAAACUAAGUGCCCUGCCAAGCUGGGCGUUCACCAACCUGUCCAGCCUGCAGCGGCUGGACCUGUCCAACAACUUCCUGGACCAACUACCCCGCUCCAUUUUCGAGGACCUGGUGAAUCUGACAGAGCUGCAGCUGCGAAACAAUAGCAUCAGGACCCUGGACAGGGACCUGCUGCAGCACUCCCCAAGGCUCCGCCACCUGGACUUGUCUAUCAAUGGCCUGGCCCAGCUGCCCCCAGGGCUUUUUGAUGGGCUCCCAGCUCUGCGUUCCCUGUCACUUCGCUCCAACCGCCUGCAGAACCUGGACCGGCUGACAUUUGAGCCCCUGGCUAGCCUGCAGCUGCUGCAGGUUGGGGAUAACCCCUGGGAGUGUGACUGUAACCUGCGAGAGUUCAAGCACUGGAUGGAGUGGUUCUCCUACCGAGGGGGACGCCUGGACCAGCUUGCCUGCACCCUACCCAAGGAACUGAGGGGGAAGGACAUGCGUGCAGUCCCCAUGGAGAUGUUUAACUACUGCUCUCAGCUGGAGGAUGAGAACAACUCCGCUGGACUGGAUGCUCCAGGGCCACCCUGCACCAAGGCUAGCCCAGAGCCUGCUAAGCCUAAGCCUGGGGCUGAGCCUGAGCCUGAGCCCAGCACUGCCUGCCCUCAGAAGCAGAGGUACCGGCCUGUGAGUGUGCGGCGAGCCAUCGGCACAGUGAUCAUCGCCGGUGUUGUGUGUGGCAUCGUCUGCAUCAUGAUGGUAGUAGCUGCGGCUUACGGCUGCAUCUAUGCCUCCCUCAUGGCCAAGUACCACCGGGAGCUCAAGAAGCGCCAGCCACUGAUGGGGGACCCCGAGGGUGAGCACGAAGACCAGAAGCAGAUUUCUUCUGUGGCCUGAGAGCUCUCUGCCUGGCCCAGGUAGGACGGCAAGGAGACCUCAUGGGCAGCUCUUGAAAAGGCUGUCCUUCCCUCCAUCACAGGUCCUGUCUCAACUUGACACUGGUACUGCCUCCCCCAGUUCCUGGGUCCUCCUCCGCCUUCCAGCAGAGCAGCACUUCAGUCUCUUUCUAAGUCUCCCAGAAGCUGACGUUGGGCCAAAGUUUCUAGUGGAAGCCUCUCUCUGGGCCUCUGGUCUUUGAAAUGCCUGGGACUCUUUCUAGGCUUUUGAUUGCAGGGAAGAAAGGACCGAUUCAAGUGCUUCUGCACUGAGCACCCCCCUUUGGCCCUCCUGCCUUGGGCCAGCAUAGCUGGGUGACUCGCCAUACCUCUUGUUCAUCCCCACCUCAAUCUGCAUUUAGGGCCUGAGAGGGAGGAGCACGAGGGCCAGAGGUAGAUUUCUGACUCUUUUCUAAGCCAGACAGAUAUUCUUAAUCCCCUGCAGUGUGAAGUUUGUCUAGCUCUCAGUGGCUGGUGCCAGGGUGAAGACACUGCAGCCCUGUUAUCUGGGUCUAGUACUUAGAAACCCCAGGGUGACUGAUGGGUGGAUACCAUCAGUCUGACUACACUGCUCAUGGGUUCACUAACUCACUCUUGUUCUGUUUUGCUUUGGGGUUUUUGAGACAAGGUCACACACUAUACAUGAAUUCACUCUCAUGGGGUACCACUUGCACAGUCUCAUGGAUCAAGUCACACCUAUACCUCCCUACACUUGUCAGGUGGAAACAGAUGCCCUGUGAACUUGGGAGCAGAGGCCUGCUGUCCCCUCGGCCUGGAGGCCAAAGGCCCUCUUGCUUCCUGACCACUGUCUUCCUACGUCAUCAGGGGCUAAGUCCCAGACAAUAACACAGGGCUCCUUUGAGACCCUCCAAAGUGGGCCAAAGCAUGCUGCUGGAGGAACUGCCCGUUGCCAUGGCAACUCUCACACCUCUCUAGCUAGGUUUUUCCAGGGAUGAGAGAGCUGUGCAUGUGUGCACAGCAGGCUUCAAGUUUCUGAGAGCUCAGUUAUAGACCACUGGGUGUGCCAGGUGCCUUUUUCCUGCCAGGCUCUGGGCACACCUGGAAGUUUCACUCCUGAAGCCUGAAGCCAGAGCUCUGUCCCCUGACUUUUCCUGCCCCUUAUAUCACCUCUGUCUUCUCUUUGUGACCUCAGGGCUGGGACUGGGAUUUGCUCUGGGAUUGGUGGCCCACAUUAGGGAAAGCAGGUAUUGGGUAGUGGGCCCUCACUGAGGCUGGCUGCCUCCAACACAUCCCUAGCAGACUGUAGGGACAGGGAUAGGAUGACCACAUUCUGUUCAGAACCCUCAGUGAUGGGGCUUCCUUCCCAGGGGAUCAUCAACUCUGCCCGGCUUACUGGGAGCUUUUAAUUGCACCUGGACUAUCUAAGCCAGUGAUUAGCUGCGGUCCUACCUAGGAUGGAAACUCUUGCCUCCUGGGAUGUGCAAUUUUUCAGUGUUGCUGUCCUCUGUUCUUAGCUGCCUCCUCCUUAGGCGAUUGAUAUCCUUUUGCAGCUAGGGUCAGGAGAUGCUAGGCUGACGUCUUGCUCUGAGAAGGGUUUUGGUGGUGGCCAGGAAGAGGCCAACCAGACACUGAGACAGGGUCUACUAGGGAAUCAGGACAGGCUAGGCAGCUCUUUUCUUUCUCCUCCACCCCCCAAUCUAGUAGUGGGGACAUACACUGGGCCUCUCAGGAGAGCCUUCAAGGUCAUCCUCUGGCAGGCAGACAGAGCACAGGCCACUUUUUAGGAUCACAGGAUCCCUUCAGCUGGGCCAGUCUUCCUUCCUCUUUUGGCUGGUAGGAUGAUACCAGAUCUGGGAUUUUCUAAGGGCCUGGGGGAGGGCAGAGUGUUGUCAGUGGUGGUAUCUUUAGCUUGAGACAGAAGAUUUUUAAAGGCAAAAUUAUAUUUCUGGUUUGUUGUUUCAGAAGACCAAUAAA